UAUAUAUAUAUAUACGUGUGUAAAUGUGUGUGCAUUUAUGGGUCAGGGCAGUCUCUCCCCUGGAUUCUGGCCCUUGCUUACAUAACAAUACGCACCUCGCACGUAUGUUUAACACACACACAGUGUUUGUGUUUCCAUGCCUGUGUGUGUGACAAUAUUAAUGUCCCGCGUAGUGACCGGUUAAUGGCGGUUAUGCGGGCUAAGCGGCCCAGCUUUGCGGUGUAUUAAUAUCCCAUCGGUCCGCUGAUGUGUUCUGUAUUGAUCCUGCCAGCGGAGGCAGCGCAACCUAAUGAAUACGAUCACUGAGUAAUCAGUAAGCAAACGGCCGGUGAGCAAUCAGUAAGCAAACGCCCGGUGAUUAAUCAGGACCCGGGGCCAGGAACCUGGUUCAGGACCCUGGUUCAGGUCUCAGGUCCAGGACUCGGGUCCAGGACUCCAUCAUCUGCCAACCCCCCUGUGCCUCAUCUCCUUUGAACUGCACCGUGUGUGUGGUGGUGUGUGUGUGUAUGUGUAUGUGUGUGUAUACGUGCGUGCGUGGGUAUGUAUGUGUGUGUGUGUGUGUGUGUGUGUGUGUGUGUGUGUGUGUGUCUUUGUCUUUAUCUCUGUGUGUGUGCGUGCGUGCGUAAGCGUGUGUGUGAGUGUGUGUGUGAACAGGAGGAUAUGUGCUGUGUAAAUAGAGCUCAGGUCGGAUUCCAUGCAUUCCGGGGGCUUGACUCAGAUGACCAGGACUUACUGGUCGGUCGGUGGACGCUAAACCCCGUAUACAAAAAACAAAUGUGUUGGAAAACUUUCUGCGCCGAGUCCGUGUUGAGGGCUGCAGGUCGCUGUGCUCACAGCCUUGGUCUGUUGUAGCUUGGGUUUCAUUGUUUAUUGUGGGAAGCACCACAGCAGUUAGGCCAGUGCCUUCCUUAGGAUUUAUUCCCCCAGUGGGCUCGCAACCCCCCCAAGCCCAUUCCAGCAGCUCCCUUCCCCCACUCUACUUUCAUCUAAUUAACCCCUAAUUGCUCACACUGACCAUGCAACGGACCACAACUGAAACAGCAAAUACAAGAGGCAGGCCGCAUGCGCUCAGGGCAGGCCGCGCACACAAUGGUAAAGUUCCAGGACAGAUGGUCGUAAAACUAUUACUGGUGUUUAUAGAGAAUGCUUGGAGGAAAAAGACAAACAGAGCACUGUUCUUUACACUCAUGAUUCUUGCUGAUUGAGCCGCGGCAGCAACCCGCAAAGAUUCUUAUUGCUCAGAUGUGCAUGUGAUCACCAUACCGCCACCCGGCGCAGUUUUGUCCGCGGAAAGCAAUCGUUGGAAUCAGUCACCGAGGACUGGAGAUUAAAAGGGUGGAACAGGAGAUAGAAGGAGAUCAGACAAAUCCUCUCCAUGGCCGGCUCUAUAAUUAAGAAGAGGGCCGGCCGCCGGGGCCCGGCAGCGGGACUGAGUGGACGGCGUUGAAAGCUACGUAUGGAGCGGCGAGUGGGGGAGGUAGGAAGGGCUGGAGGCCUCGUCCAUCUCCUGAUUGGAUCGAUUAUCCUCCCGUUUUACAAGCUCCGGCUCCCGUUCAGCCUUUUGUGUGCACGUACACACACACACACACACACUUUAUAACACCAACGUCCAAAUAGGACGACUUGUUAGUGUUUCCGUUCCACCAUCCUUCCUGUUACUCACAGAUCUUUCCAGUACCCAGGCCCUUUCUGAUCUAAACAACAUUAUCAUCUUUUGGACAAUUGUGGAGAACGACCAGAGAUGGGAGCCAAGCCAGCUUACUGCUCAUCAUCAUCAUCAUCAUCAUCAUCAUCAUCAUCAUCUCCUCCGCUUAGUAAACCAGGCAUGGCUAAGCAUUUAGGGGUGUCUCCGAGACAACAUGAGGACCUAGAUUAGGGUCGGGGGCUCCAGGCCCCAUCCUGAAAAUACCACAUCUCCAGCCAGCAGCUUAACGUCCAAACAUCACAUGCCAGCUUGGAGGGCAGCUUCUAGCACUGAUUAAUAAUCAUUAUGCGAAACAUAUAAUCACUUAGACUAACUUCUGAACACAAAAUGCCUUGGAAAGCAUCGAUAUUACAACUAUAAUGCACAGGGCAGGCUGCUCAUGGAAGUUAAUGAUACUUAAGGUUUUGAAACCUUAAGAAUCCAGCCAAUGGAGCGAAACACUAUCCCUCGGUAGCGUUACAAUAACAAUCAAAUGAGUGUGGAGAUUUACAUACAGGUCUUAAAACCCUAGAUUUCCUCCUUCCUCUGCCCCUCAUCCACCCGAUGUAGAGCCAAUGCUAAGCCUGAGUUAAUGCUUCCAGGAUCCCAGUAGAAAAGCUCCUCCACCACGGCUCCUCGGCCACUAGGAAGUGCACCUCCCAUGAGCCCCAUGCGCUCUAAUCCAUCAUUAGUCUGGUUCUCAGUCUGGUCUUCGCUCGGACCGGAGCGCUCCUCUCCUCCUCUGAUCCCGUACUUUAUCCGGCAGCCCUUCCGUUGUCGGACUAAUGUGAUGGGGUUCUCUGACGGCUAGUUCCACCCGCUGUAGUUGAAUAUGUCUUGUGCAGAUUACGGACCAUCUGGUGAAGUAGGGGUAAGAGGAGUAGAUUGAAGCGCAAAGCAGAUUUCCAUUGGCUCAUGACACGGCCCAGCAUGUCCAGUCUGUUGAAGAUGCACUGGUCUCCGGAGCACACCAGCCCUUUGUCCCCGUGGCCUGAGCAGCACCUAGAUGUCUCUUCUACCACCUCCCCCCCCGCUGCUCACAAACAUGACCCCUACGCCGCACGCCGCGGCGCCACUGGGUACCCCUGGGCCAGCGACGACAUCUCAGCUCUCACCGCCUCGUCUCUGCUCAAACGCUACGCCGAGAAAUACUCAGGACUCGAGCUGCCCUAUGAGAGGCACACUCCCGGGGCGUAUCUUGAGCCUGGGCCUUUCCUGAAAUCUGAACCCGAGCCCUGGGCUCUCGGCCCGGGUAUGGAGUGUUACCCCGGACUAGAGGCCUUAACCGGUGCGAAGGUGGGCUCCGGGUCUGUCGGCAUCCCAACCACGGGCAGCGUCACGGUAGUAAGCAACUUAGCCUCUGAUGGGAGUUACGGUGGGCCUGGCUCUUGCAGUGCCCCCUCCCCUCAGGACUACCCUCCUGCCUACAAUAGCACCUACCUGUCGGCGGGAUACUGCCCUCAGCCUGGGGCCGCUCUUCCCCCAGGCCCCCUGAACUCCCUGCAGCCCACGCCAACGCUGGUCCCCAGCUACAACCCCAGCACUCCAGUGUACAACUACCCUGGGGUGGGCUACCCACACGCUCAGCCCGGCCUGCCCUCUGGCUACUGCCACCCCAGUGCCUCCUACUUGCCCUCGGGGCUCGGCGCCCCAGCCCCUUUGGCGCCCCGGCCCACCCUGGUGGGGGGCGGGUACGGCUACCCUCCGCACGGCCUUGUAGGGGUCUCGGAGAGCGCGGCGCCGGUGAAACGGAAGGCCUUCGAGAUGAGCGAGGGCGGGGGGGAGGGAGGGGAGGCUGAGGGCUCCCGGUACCGCAAGUACGGAAACGGCCACGGAAACGGCCACAGCAAGGGCCACGGCAACGGCUUCGACAUGAGCGGCUCCGUCCCGGACCAGCAGACCUAUAAAGCGGGAAAAGCCCUGAUGACAUCACCGUACGGCGGGGCAGGGGACUACAGCCCCCCCUCAGGCCUGGCAAGAGAGAGUGGAUCCGGGGAGAACAGCUUCCCUCAUCUCCAGCGGAUGCCUAUGAAGAUACCGGCGUCCCACGCGAGGUCUGAGGAUGCCACCGGGGGGCGCUGACAGCCUGAACCGGUACCGGGGGUGGCGGCCUAGGGUUGCCGAGUUCUGGAGUCAAAGUACGGGUAUUAAUUCAGGGCGAACUCUGGGAGAAUGGAUUUGGCAUUAAGUAUCUGUUUGAUUUAACCAGAGUGCAAAGGGCAAAGACACACACAUAUCCUACUCGACUUUGUCAUUUACACAAUUUUUGUUUUCUUCCAAGGGGUACUGGGGGGGGGGGGGGGGUUUCCCAUUUGUAUAGGGUUAAAAAUGGGGCUGAGCCAAAUGAUUGAUAGAUUGUGUUACGAGUCAGAAAGGUCUGCCUGACUGUGUCUCUCAGGAUUCUAUUUAUUUCACUUCUGCGGCUGUGGCGUCUCCAAUCCAACCUACGUGUAGAGGUCGGAUUCACAGUGGAGCGGCCAUAUGUUGUUUGUAAUGAGCCUUGAACUGCAAUACUGUUCGCCGCAACACAGAUGUUAACUCAGACCAAAAAGUAAUGAUAGCAAUAACUGAAAGGCGAUUGUCGAUCUACUUCAGCACAAUCACUGCUACUUUACAAGCCGAUUCCAAAGCUCAGGGCCUCAGCCAGUGCUCGAGGCCUGAAUGUUCCUUCACUCAGAAGUUUUUGCAUUUGUUUCAUCGUCGUUUAACUAUCUUCUUUAUCUGUCUCUUUUCUCUGACUUCUUUCCCCCUUCCUAGUUUUCGCAAACCUUUUCAACAUUCACACUUGUUUUAUAGCACUGCUUAUUAAUUAAUGAAUAGGAUCUGGCUGUUGUACUUAAAGUGUAAGGGAAGAGUCCAUGAUAUUCAUUUGAUUUGAAAUUGUACUAAGCAGAAGGGGUGCGAGCAUCUCCAGAGCGUGAUGUUUACAUGCAGUGCUUCACCCGCUGCGAACAAACAGGUAGGCAAGUUUUCCAGAGAUGUGUGACACGAGAGCAGUUACACUGGUUCAAGUGGAUCCUGAGCACUGACGGUCAUUCUGGCAAUCAAACCAAAAGUUGAAUCCAACGAUUGCAUUCUGAUUCGUCCGUCAACGUUGGCUAUAAUAAUUGAACCGCGGGUUGGCCUGUUGACUGGAGUAAUAGGCCGUAAUGGUGCAUGAGCACACAUGAUUAGCGCACACAGGCCCUGUUAGCUGAACACCAAUGCCUACCAUUCAGUGCCUAUUUCCAUGGUUGCUCCCCGUUGCACUUCAAGAGGAUUUGCCUGCCUGUCUGCCAGUAUUUUCUUUAUUUUUUUCUUUUUUUCAAAAGAAUGAUUCAUAGUCUUGUGAUUGAAUACUCAGGAAAAUAUUGUUACCUCAAGACAAGAAAGAAUAAGAAUGUAUGUAUUACCUUUAGGGUGUUGUAGGGAGCUCUGCGGGGCGGAUCAUAGCCGAGCCAGGGCUUUGAUAGGGAGUAGAACGUAUUCUGAACACCUCAGGGAAACACAAGUGGUUGAGGGCCCUCUAUAUUACCAGGAAACAGGCACAUACACACUCUAUACACACACGCACACACACGCUCUACACACACAUCCAUUCACACACGCACCGCACACACACUCACACAGAAAGGACAUGCAUAAUUCCUUCAUAUACUUCCUCAUAACUCUGGGAAAUUAAACGUGAGGUUGCUAUACCAAGGCCUGAAAUGUUGAAUGUAAUUCAGAUAUUUUUCUUAAAAAAAAAAAGGACAAUACAUGCCAUUAUGUACAUCGCUAAUGUUUUUAGAUAUAUGAACCAUAUUUUCUUCAUGUAUAGAUUGUAUUUCUCGUAUAGGUUUUGACGGAGAAGAAUUGUUCCUGUUAAGUGUAAGUAGUUAGUAACGAUGGAAGCCUUUUGAUGGAUAAACUUAGGACAAGUGAAGCACUCAAGCUGGACAGACGACAUAUCAGUAUAGAGAACUCUGCAGGGAGAAUUGAAUGUGUGAGCAAUGUGCAUCGUUACUUUCCAAAUCAUAUCAAUUGGUAAUAAUUUUGAAGUUAUAACGUGUCACAGGUUAUUUAGUGCAUCACAACAACUGCACUAACAAUAUGUGAAGAUCGUGGAGGCAAUUCGUUGAUUUAGCAAACUGAUCAAAAUAUGCGGAUUAUACUAUAAGAUCGUUGACGUGAUGACGAUGGUGUCAGCUUUAAGUGUGCCAUACUUUAUUUCUUUGGAAUUUAACCUUCUUGGGUUUUGUAUUAAUUAGUCAAAAGGUAACCUUCUUUAUAAAAACUUGCACAGAGGGGAGAUUUUCUGUUUGCGUUAAUGGUAGGAUUUAGUAUGAAACUCAGCUUAGCACGUGAUGGAAUAACAUCUUUAGGCUAUUUUGAGAAAGCGUUUCUGUUGACGAAAUAUAUAGCCAACCCAGAACUCAGAUUACAUUUUACAAGCAUCCAAACACAACCUGUCUCCAAUUGUGCUGAGAAUCAACAAAGGAAAAUGAGGACUAUUUGGCCCCUUAAAACCGUAACUAAGCGCUUAGCCACCAGAUUUGAAGCGCUUUAAGGGCCCGUUGAGAGCCGUGUGUCCGGGAACAACAGACGCCCAUCGUGUUAUGGGUCAGCAGAGAACACACUGUAUGGAUCGGGCCUCUGGUGAAGAGUUUGUUCAGCAAAAUGUGUGAUUUCAAUGUUGUUAUUGUCACUCAGCAGUGUCUUUGAUUAGAAUCUUGUACAUCUCUGUAACCAUUUCUACCUCAUUUUGAAGGCGUACAUGGAAAAAUAUUUAUUUCAUGUCAGUUGAUCUGUCUACCUCACAAAAAAAAAACUGUACCUCAAAAGAAAAUUGUUUGUUGGAAAUGAAGAUGUUAUGCCAAAAACAAAUCUUUCACGUCU